ACUCAAAUUCCUUUUUGGCUAAUAUAAAAUCAUCUUACCAAUUAAGUUAAAAUCAUCAAUCUCUCUCUCUCUCUCUCUCUCUCUCACAUAUGGAAAGCAAGGAAGCAGUGAAGCUUUUGGGAUUCUGGGCGAGUCCAUUUUCCUUUAGAGUGGAGUGGGCACUGAGACUGAAGGGCGUGGAGUAUGAAUACAUCGAGGAAGACGUAUUCAACAAGAGCCCUCUGCUUCUGGAACUGAACCCAGUUCACAAGAAAGUGCCAGUGCUGAUUCAUGGAGACAAAGUGAUCCUUGAGUCCUUCAUAAUUCUUGAGUACAUCGACGAGACGUGGAAACAAUUCCCGAUUAUGCCUCAAGACCCUUAUGACAGAGCCAUGGCGCGAUUUUGGGCCAAAUUCGCAGAGGAGAAGUUUCUGAUGAGUGCUUGUCGGGCUAUGUGCACCGAAGGAGAAGACAAAGAAGCGUAUCUGAAAGAAGCCGUAGAGUGCUUGGAGAAGAUAGAGCAAGAGUUGAUCAAAGGGAAAUCCAAGUUUUUCGGUGGGGAAAGCAUUGGUUAUCUGGACAUUGCACUUGGAUGGAUCUCCUACUGGCUUCCUGUUGUGGAGGAAGUUGGGUCCAUGACGAUGGCAGACCCAAUCCAUUUCCCGGCCAUCGCUGGUUGGACGGAGAAUUUCAGCCACCACCCCAUGAUCAAGGAUAAGUUACCGCCGAGAGAUAAGAUGGUCGUUGAUUUUCAGUGUCAAAGAAAGGAAAUCGGAGCCCGAAUUGCCUCUGCUAGGAAAGGUUGAUUACAAGAUUUUGAAAUAAUUGAAUAACUAUGCAUCAGAAUAAAUGAGAUCGUAUGUUCUAAGAAACAGAGGGGAUUUAAAAUAAACAUGUAUCCUAUGAGUCGGCAUUUACAUAUUGGAGUUUAUUAUAAAUAUCUUGGACAAAAUCAAAUUAAUCAAUUAUCUAGUUAUUGUAAAACGAGAAAAAUGGUACGCUUGCCGGUACGGAAUUGAUAAUUUUGAUUUA